AUGGCUAAAACAACCACAGUUUCACUCAAUGAGCGUGCGUUCAUUAUCGAGGGCCUCAAAAAUGGGAUCCGCUUGAAUGGGAGAGGCCUCAACGAAAUGAGGAAGCCUCAGAUAGAGAUUUCCAAGACUGAGUAUGGAUUUGUUGAAGUACUGCUUGGAAAAACCAAAUUGGCAGUAAGAGUUAGUUGUGAAAUCAUAAAACCCUUUGAUGACAGGCCAUUUGAAGGUGUGUUUACCAUCAAUACAGAAAUCAGUCCAAUGGCAUCUCCCUCGUUCGAAAACGGAAAAAAUACAGACGAUGAGGUGCUCAUCUCAAGAUUGAUAGAGAAGGCGGUGAGGAGAUCUAAUUCUCUAGAUCUUGAAAGCUUGUGUAUUAUAGCAGGUGAGAAAGUUUGGCAUGUUACCGCUGAUAUAAAUUUUUUAAAUUCCGAUGGAGGCUUCAUAGACGCAUCCUGUUUAGGAGUGAUGACCGCUCUCCAGCAUUUUAGAAAGCCAGAUGUCUCUAUAAGGGGCACAGAGAUAAUUGUUCACGAUUAUGAAGAACGUCAACCGGUUCCUUUGAGUAUUCUUCAUGUUCCAAUUUGUGUCACGUAUUCAUUUUUCAACCCUAUGGACAAAGUCGAAAACAUAAAGGGAGACCUGAACCAAGAAAUUGCAAUUAUGGAUGCUGAUCUGAGUGAAGAAUUUGUCAGAGACGGAUCACUUGUGAUCACAAUAAAUAAGAAUAGGGAAUUGAUUCAAGUCUCAAAGAACGGUGGCCUUCCGAUUGAUGGAGCGACUUUAUUACAAUUAGCGGACUCGGCUUUUGCAGUGGCCGAAACAAUGAGUGAUGAAAUUAAGAUUUUGCUAAAGAAGGAUGAAGAUGAAAGAUAUACCAAAAUGAACUUGAGGCUACUCGAGGUUGGCGCACCUAGAUAG